AUGGCAACGGCAACCGCAAUAGGGCACUUCGGGCCCAACGGAGAGCCAAACCAGCAGGGCCGGUUUGAGCUUCCAGCAGAGGAGACUGGUAUCGAGCGGAACCGGAAGUCAGGCUCGAUCGAGUCUCGCCAUUCAGCCGUGCAAGAGCUCGCCCGCGAAUUCACUCGCAGUAGCCUUGAUUUCACUGAGGGCAAACCCAUCUUUGGCAGCAACGACCCGGAUUCCCCUCUCAACCCGUCCGGCACCAAGUUCAACGCGCGUCUGUGGGCCAAGAAUGUCGCCAGGGUCGCCCGCGAGCGCGGCCAGGAGUUCCGCCAGAUCGGUCUCUGCUUCCAGAACCUGAACGUGUUCGGCUACGGCACCACGGCCGACUAUCAAAAAACGGUCGCCAACAUCUGGCUCGCCCUACCCGGGAUGAUUGCCCGCUCUCUGCUACCGAGCUCCCGCACAUCCGGCCAGAAACGGCUGGACAUUCUCCACCAGUUUGACGGCAUUCUCCGGCCGGGCGAGAUGUGCGUCGUCCUGGGUCCGCCCGGCUCCGGCUGCUCGACCUUCCUAAAGACCAUCUCGGGCGACCGAAACGGCAUUUACGUCAGCCAGGACUCGUACUUCAACUACCAGGGCAUUUCGGACAGGGAGAUGCAUUCCGCCCACCGGGGGGAUGCUAUCUACACGGCCGAAGUCGAUGUCCAUUUUCCCAUGCUGACGGUCGGCGAGACCUUGACGUUUGCUUCGUAUGCCCGGUGCCAGAGAGAGCUGCCCGAGGGCAUAAGCCGCAAGCAGUAUUGUGAGCAUUUGCGGGAUGUGGUCAUGGCCAUGUACGGCAUCAGCCACACGGUGCAUACCAAAGUUGGGGAUGCCUUUGUACGGGGAGUUUCGGGAGGAGAGCGCAAGCGGGUUACCAUUGCUGAGGCGACGCUUUCCAACGCCCCGUUUCAGUGCUGGGAUAACUCAACCCGCGGCCUAGAUGCCGCAAACGCGGUUGAAUUUUGCCGGACAUUGCGGCUGCAGUCUGAGCUGUUCGGCCAAACCUGCGCCGUUUCCAUGUACCAGGCGCCACAGACCGCUUACGACCUAUUUGACAAAGCCCUCGUUAUUUACGAGGGCCGGCAAAUCUACUUUGGGCCUGCAUCCCGCGCAAAGAAAUACUUCGUUAACCUCGGCUUCGAGUGCCCGCCUCGGCAAACCACGCCUGACUUUCUCACUUCCAUGGCCUUCCCAGCCGAGCGCACCCCUCGGAAAGGUUGCAACCCGCCUCGAACGCCCGACGAGUUUGCCGCCGCGUGGAGACGGAGCCCCGAGUACGCGGCUCUACAGCUCGAAAUCGAGGAGUACAAACAGCAGCACCCAGUCAACGGCCCGGACGCCGCCGCGUACCGGCAGCUCAAGAGAACGCACCAGGCCAAGGGCCAACGGCUCAACUCGCCCUAUACCCUGACCUAUGGCCAGCAAGUACGGCUCUGCAUGUGGCGUGGAUGGCGCCGCUUCUGGGCGGAUCCGGGCCCCUCCAUCUGGGUCAUGGUGGGCAAUGUCAUCAUGGCGCUCAUCAUGUCGUCGAUUUUCUAUAAUAUGGGUCAGACAACGGCGUCGUUUUACGGGCGUGCUGUUGUGCUCUUCAUGGCCAUCUUAUUUAACGCGUUCGCGUCGAUCCUCGAGGUCAUGACGCUGUAUGCGCAGCGGCCUAUCGUGGAGAAACAAGCACGGUAUGCGUUCUAUCACCCCUCGGCCGAGUCGUACGCUUCUGUGCUGGUUGACCUGCCCAUGAAAGUCACCGGAUGCGUGUCGUUCAACCUGGUGUUCUACUUUAUGACGAACUUGAACCGGCAUCCUGGCAACUUCUUCUUCUACCUGUUUGUCGUCUUCCUCAUUGUUCUCGCCAUGUCCGGGAUUUUCAGGUUCAUCGGCGCACUUUCCCGAACCGAGCAACAAGCCAUGGUUCCCGCAUCCAUAUUGAUGCUAGCCCUGUUGGUCUUCACCGGCUUCGUGGUCCCAAUCCGCUAUAUGCUCUCGUGGUGCCGCUGGAUCAACUACCUUAACCCGGUCGCCUACGGCUACGAAUCGCUCAUGGUCAACGAGUACCACAACCGCAACUUCACCUGCUCUUCCUACAUCCCGGCCUACGGCACCCCCGGAACCGCCAACGUUGCCUGCGAUGCCGUCGGCGCCGUGCCCGGCCAAGACUACGUCAACGGAGACGCAUACAUUGGGUCGGCGUACAGCUACUACCACAGCCACAAGUGGCGAAACGUUGGCAUCAUCAUUGCCAUGGUCAUCUUCAACCACGUCGUGUAUUUCAUCGCGAGCGAAUACGUCACGGCGAAGAAGUCCAAAGGCGAGAUCCUCGUCUUCAAGCGCGGUUUCGUACCCAAGGUCGCCGCCAAGGGCGUUCAUGACGUGGAGGGAACGCCUUCGGGACCUGUGACCAAGAUACUCGAGCGGCCGGGAAACAGUGGCUACGAGUCCACUAAGGAGGGCGGCUUUCAGGGCUCCACCAGCGUCUUCCAUUGGAGCAACGUCUGCUACGAUAUCAAGAUCAAGGGCAAGCCCCGCCGCAUCCUGGAUAACGUCAACGGCUGGGUCAAGCCGGGUACCCUAACCGCCCUGAUGGGAGUCUCGGGUGCGGGCAAGACCACGCUGCUCGACUGUCUGGCGGACCGCCGGGUCGGCGUGGGUAUCCUGACGGGGGAGAUGUUGGUGGACGGGCAGAUACGGCAGAAGAGCUUCCAGAGGAAAACGGGGUAUGCGCAGCAGAUGGAUUUGCAUUUGGAGACAACUACUGUGCGGGAGGCAUUGAAUUUCUCGGCCCUCCUUCGCCAGCCGGAUGAUAUCCCAAGGGCGGAAAAGCUGGCCUAUGUCGACGAGGUGAUCCGGCUGCUUGACAUGCAGGAGUACGCCGACGCCGUGGUCGGCGUGCCCGGUGAGGGCCUGAAUGUUGAGCAGCGGAAACGUCUGACCAUUGGCGUGGAACUGGCCGCCAAACCGCCGCUGUUGCUCUUCAUUGAUGAGCCUACGUCAGGCCUCGAUUCACAGACUAGCUGGGCCAUUCUGGAGCUGCUUGACAAGCUCUCCAAGGCGGGCCAGUCUAUCCUCUGUACUAUUCACCAGCCCUCGGCGAUGCUGUUUCAACGGUUUGACCGCCUGCUCUUGCUCGCUGAGGGUGGGAAAACGGUUUACUUUGGUGAAAUCGGUGAAAACUCGUCCACUCUUAUAUCCUACUUUGAGCGCAAUGGGGCCAAACCAUGCCUCCCUGGCGCUAACCCAAGUGAAUGGAUGCUCGAAGCCAUAGGGGCGGCCCCAGGCAGCCAGUCCUCAAUUGACUGGCACGACACCUGGCGCAGCAGUCCUGAAUACCAGGCCGUGCAGACUGAACUGGCCCGUCUACGCGACUCCAGCAAGACCACCACCCCGGCUCCCGACGUCGAUGAAGACCUGGCCUCGUCCCGCGAGUUCGCCGCCCCGCUCUGGGACCAGUUCCUCAUCGUAACGCAGCGGGCCUUCCAGCAAACGUGGCGCACGCCUAGCUACAUCUACUCAAAACUACUGCUAUGCGUGGCGACAAGUCUAUUUCUAGGCCUCGUCUUCCUCGAUUCACCUCUAAGCAUCCAAGGCCUGCAAAACCAAAUGUUUGCCAUCUUCGAGCUCAUGAGCAUCGUCGGCCAGCUGGUUGACCAGCAGUUCCCGCACUUCAUCACGCAGCGCUCCCUCUACGAGGUCCGUGAGCGCCCCGCCAAGACGUACAGCUGGAAGGUGUUUAUGCUCAGCCAGAUCGUCGUCGAAAUCCCCUGGUACACCUUCGCGAGCGUCUUCAUGUGGGCGCUGUUUUACUACCCCGUCGGGUUCUACAAGAACGCCGAUGCCGCUGGCCAGGGCACCGAGCGCGGCGCGCUCAUGUGGCUGCUCUUUUGGGUUUUCCUGCUGUGGGUGUCGACCUUCGCGCACUUUUGCAUUUCUUUUGCGGGCUCAGCCGACGACGGGGGGAAUAUUGCAAACUUUAUGUUUGUCCUGGCCUUCUUCUUUUGCGGCGUGCUCGCGUCCCCCGAUCAGAUGCCGCGGUUUUGGAUCUUUCUGUACCGCGCUUCCCCCUUGACGUACUACGUCUCGGCUGUCCUCUCGACGGGGCUGGCCAAUGUUGACGUCAGGUGCGCAAGCAACGAGUUUACCUUGUUUGAUCCGCCCGAGGGGCAGACGUGUGGUGAGUACAUGGCGCGGCAUAUCAGUGCCGCGGGCGGGUAUCUUUUGAAUGCAGAGGCGACCGCCGCGUGCCAGUACUGCAAGAUUGGCGAGACGAAUGUUUACCUCAGGGCGAUACAUGCAGAGUAUGAGAACCGGUGGCGGAAUUUUGGGAUCAUGUGGGUUUAUGUUGUGUUUAAUGUGGUUGCGGCGGUGGGGCUGUACUGGGUCGCGCGCAUGCCUAAGGGGAAGAAGAAGCUGUGACUGUGAGCGGGGACGAUGGAUCUAAUCCAUGAUGUCUGUGAGUGUGAGGGUUGCAACUUGGAAGGCGUAUGUACAUCUCAUCUCAAUGGAGUGUAAUGUUAGGGUUUCUUGAAGGUUGGUGGUUGUGAGUCGGGAAGAGGCAUGGGACUUAGGUUAGACACCAGCAUCAGUUAAAUGUAGAUUGUAGAUGACAAAUGCUG